CAUUUGGAUGAGAAUUUGAGAUGAGUUUUUAAAAAUUCAGCUGGGUGAUCCAUCUGGAUGUAGUAUUAUAAUGCACUAAACGAACAUCAAUUUGCAUUUUCACCCAGAUGGAUCACCUGGGUGAGCAAACGAACAGGGCCCUUCUCGAAUAUAGGGUCUCGUCCCGCAGAUUAAUGUAGUGAGAGGUUCAUCAUCAUCCCCUUGAAGACCACUCGCAAGCUGCUUGUCUUCCUUUCCAAAGGGAGACGAGAGUCAAAAAAACCAGCUAGCAUAGCAGUUGUGAGGUUGGUCCGAAUUAUGAUUAAAAAAAAUGUUAACUCAAGAACUGAAGCUAAAAAAAAAAAUUAACUCCGACUGUUACAAAAAAAAAGGGUUCUACUCCGACUCUUAUCUAUAAUAAUAAAGGGGAGUUUUCUCUCACCUCAGCCCUCCACAUCAGCAGGAAGAUAGGGGCUUCUGACGCCACGUGGCAUCUAAAUCAGAUACUCCGGUUUGCGCUGUUAUUUACGUGUCGGGCUUUUCCAUUGUUUUUUAAUUUUGUUGCAUCUUAAUUUCGUUUGGGCUUUAUGCAUAAAUCUUAAGCCCAUACAAAUUAGGUUUUCUCAUCUUCUCGCCUUCUGCCUUCUUAGUUUAGCAGCCUUAAUUUCAGCUCACUGUAACGUCUCUAUCUUCCAUUAAUAUGUACUUUACUCUGAUCUUUAACGUGAUUAACCCAGUCUUUCCACUCUGAAGCUUUCAGUCCAACUCUUUGCAUUCUAAAGUAACAGUUAAGCAACAAGUAUAAAUAUCUUAUUCACUCUGCGAUGAACAGCACAACUUUUCAUUGACAUCGAGAAAGAAAGUUUGUUCAGGUUAUCGAUUACGACAAUGGCGCAUUCUUUCACCUUCCUUGCCGAUCAGAAAGUUGGGCGCUGCUCCAACAAUGAAGAGGUUCGUUUGCUGACGUGUUGGGAGAUAUGCAACAUUUAUAGAGUUUAAUCCUGGAUCAUUUUCUUAACAGGCUAUUCAACACGUGAGCUGGACCAUCACUGAGUUUUCCUUCUCGGUGUGCGAGAUAUGCAAGAAAAGUAUCAGGUAAUGGAGUUUCAGCAAAGGAAAUGUUGCGUGAUAUUAGAGCUUUCAAGCAAUCUCCCAAGGGUCUUAGAGGUUUGCACUUCUGCAAUACCACAAGCAUUUCUUGAUGGGACGGACACAAAUCCUUCCAGGCUCGCUGAGGAAGGUACAAAUGUCCCUGAAGUAGCGCUGCCUGAAGUUGUGGUACCAGGAAGAGAUGACAAAGAUGGUCUAAUGCUUCCAGUGCCGGACGUUCUGCAACGACCAAACACCAAAGAACAACUUGCUAUUGCUUUUAUUAUCUUUUCCAUUUUCGUUUAAAUCUAUUUUCUUUUUGUUUCAAAAAUUAAUGUUGUUGUUGUUGUUUCAAUUACUAACAAUGGCACAAACUGCCUUAUUCCUCUGAGAUAGAACUUGACUUAUCACUUCGGUUUUCUGUUUGUGUUUGACGACCUUAAUGUACCUAAUGGAAUUGAUUAUUUGACCGCUCAUGUUGAACCAGGUACUAAGUUGGAAUUUUUCAUGAGUUUUGCUUCCACUUUGUCUCAUGAGACAGACAAUUCUCUCAUGUGACUUUCUCUUUUUGGGAAAUCCUUUGAAAGCUUGAUGUUCGCAUUGUUUGGUUUCUCUUUUUUUUUUUCUUUGUUUGCUUUCUUUACAAUUCUAGAUUUUAGUACAACUCUAUUAUAACAACAAUUUUGUUUCACUUAGACUCAUAUAAAUAAUUUCCUGUUAGUUUUCCUUCUCUGUAGUUUGACAACAUAAAAGUGUGCACUUGCAAGAACAAUACGGACUUAUGACUCUAAUUACUCACACUUCUUAAAAACACUCAUGGUUGUGACUUUUAUUACAUACAGUAUGUAUUUGUAGACAGCCUGCACUUUACGUAUCAGCUAGUGUUGCUAUAAACUGCAGACCUUUGUAGAUUGAGACUCUAAGCUUCUCAAGGAUUAGUCUGUUGAAUAAGAUAUAUGAAUCUUACAUUUAUUCACGUUAACUUGCAUGAGUACUUUUUACAGCUUUACCUAAACGCCAUCAAUUUACGUUAUUAAAACCAUAUAGAAAAUCAGCAAGAUUACCUGGCCGACAUUUAAGGAGAAAAAUAUUACAACAAAGUCGUCGUAAGUACUUGGUCUUUAAACUAAGGUUUUGUGAGUAUCAAUCAAUUUUAUUUGACAUUGUCAAAGUCCAAAGAAAUAUUAAAAUGUGUUCUACUUAUUAUAAAAAUUAAAACAGAACAAAUACUAACAAUAAGAUGAAAUACUUAUAUUUUCACACAUUUUAGUGGUUAAACAAGUAUACGAUUUCAAAAAACAAUUAAAGAAAUAAUAAAAUGAAAAUCAUCAGUGAAAAUAAAAUAUUUUUAAUGAAAAAAUAAAUUGAAUAUAUAUUAUUAUAUAUAUUAUUUCGAUUAUUUGUAAAGUUUUUUUAUUUUAUAUUUCAAAAUACCAAAUAAAUGCAAUUCCGGCCCUAAAUAAACACUUUCUAUUUACUAUUCUUUUUUUUUUAAGAAAAUAAAAAAGAAUCAGACCACGCAAAAAUCACAACAAGUACAAUUGUCUUACAAACAAAUAGGAGUUAGAAAAGUUUCAAAAAAAAAAAACAAAUAGGAGUUCAAAUAAUUAUAAUUUACGCCAAAUCAACUUAUGUAAGUAAAAAACUAACCAAUAAAUACUUUUUGUGGUAAAUGUUAAAUAAAUACUUCUAAAGUAAACAU